GAAGGGACUAGGGAGUGUCAGUGAGUCAGUGACAGAUUGCUAGCGCCAGCACUACCUCCCCUGAAAAUAUUUUCUUUAAUUUUAAUUAAAAUUAUGGAAUCAGAUUAAAAAAAAUAAAAAGGGGGAAAAAAAGGAGGCAUGGAUGUGCUCACUUUUGGUGUUAUAGUCGCCAUUAUCGUUCUCUUCUUUGCUGCGAUCUGUUUCAUAACCAUUCAAGGCACUUGCAAACGCAGGCCUACUUGAAGGCUUCACCAGUUAGUCGGCUCAGAUAAUUGGGGUAUCUGAAUUUCUCCAAGAAUGGCGGGUUCGUGGAUGCAGAGGGGGUUGGUGUUGAUUUUGGUCACUGUUUUGGGUCUGAAGCUCUGUUUAGGGCACGAAGGGGGUUCUGAGUCUUGUCCUUUCAGCCAAGCUGAAUCUUCUGAUCAUCAUCAUUGCGAGCACGACCACCACUUGCACCAUCAUCAUCAUCAUCAUGAGAAUGAGCACCGGCAUCACCACGGAAAGAGUCUGCUCAAGUCGAAGCUCCCGGAGGAACUGGCGGAAGAAGAAGAUCUCAAAUUGUUGGAGCAUGAGUCGCACCAUGGUCACCGUCACGAUCACGAUCAUGAGCAUGGGAUCUCGGACCUUUCUGGGAUUGAACUCUGGAUUCAUGCGAUGGGCUGUUCACUGUUGGUGAGCAUGGCUUCCCUCAUUUGCCUGAUUAUUUUGCCAGUGAUAUUAUUAAAAGGAAAACCAUCAAAGGCAGUUGUUGAUUCAUUGGCUGUAUUUGGGGCAGGAGCUAUGCUUGGGGAUGCUUUUCUUCACCAGUUGCCACAUGCUUUUGGUGGCGAGCACUCACACUCUCAUGAUCACCAUAUGGACCAUAGUCAUGAUCAUCAUCAUUUUGGACAUACCCCUUCACAUUCACAUUCUUUAAAGGAUCUCUUUGUUGGAUUGUCUGUUCUAUCUGGAAUUGUACUUUUUCUUCUGGUUGAAAAGGUUGUGAGGUAUGUUGAAGACCAUUCGAGAAAAGGAGCAUAUGCAUGGGGCCAUGGUCAUCACCAUCAUCAUCAUCCUAAGAACAGUAACAAGUUGAAGGAUGAUCAAGAUGGUCCCAAGGAUCUGAAUUCAGGGUCUAUCCAUGAAAAGAAUGGAAAUGAAUUGGAGACAUCAUCUGAAGGCAAAGUUAUAGAUCAAGUAUCUGGAGCUUUAAAUGUAGAGAAGGAAAAUCAACAGGAAUCUGUUCUUCGUAAGAGAAUCACAACUUCUGGUGGCAGUGAAGCUAAACCAGAUUCAGAUUUUACAAAUGGAAAAAUAGCAUUGAGUGAAAAAGGAUCUAAUCCUCCAUCUAACUUGGUGUUUGGUUAUUUGAAUCUCUUUUCUGAUGGUGUUCACAAUUUUACUGACGGAAUGGCUCUAGGAAGUGCUUUCUUGCUUUAUGGUUCUGUUGGCGGAUGGUCUAGAACAUUGUUUCUACUUGCACAUGAGCUUCCUCAGGAGGUUGGUGACUUUGGAAUCUUGGUAAGAUCGGGUUUCAGUGCCCCAAAAGCCCUCUUUUUCAACUUCCUUUCAGCACUGGUGGCGCUAGCAGGAACUGCAUUGGCUUUGCUUGUAGGGAAAGAUCCAGGACAAUCUUCUUUGAUUGAGGGAUUUACAGCGGGAGGGUUUAUUUAUAUUGCAGUUGCUGGAGUUCUCCCAGAAAUGAAUAGUGGGAGCUCAACAUGUAAGAGUACAAUGAUCCAGUUAGUCUCGCUAAUUUUGGGCAUGGCUGUUGCCCUUUGUAUCUCUCUGGUGGAGUGAAAAUACAUUCACACCGAUAUCUGCAACCAUGUUUGUGCAGUUAGAAAUGUUGAUGUAAUAUCUGUUUCUCAAAUGUCAGCUUAGCCUCUUUAAAUGUGGAGUUUUUAUCCUCUUCUACA